AUAAUGGGUCCCCUGUUUUCCAUCACGGAUCAGAACGACGACGUGUGCUGCAUUAGAUCUGCUCUCUGCCAUUUUCUUCUUUCCCAGGGUACUAGAUUCUACCCCCCCCUUCAUCUCUGACUGUUACUUACAUGCCUUCCAAUUCAUCAUCCACUUCGAUAUCAUCACUCCUCCUCAUCUUUUAACAUCGUCUCUGCUUUUCUCUGCCUCAAAUUCUCUGUCCUCUUAUUUAUCACAGACCCUAUCUCUCUGUUUCUUCGUUUUCGAACUCCAAGCUCUUCUGGGUUCGUUCUAUUCCUUCCCAAUAUUCAUCUCUGUAUGUAAAGUUCAAUACUUGAACUAUAUGCUCAUCUGGGGUGUCGUGAUAAAUUCUCAACCCCCUAUUUAUCCCAAUCUCGGAUUCAAUACAAUUUUGAGGCUUUGAUUAUCGAGAGGCUUUGAAGGUGCGUCGCCUACAAUUUUGGGUUCGUAUUGGUUUAUAUGUAUACUGGGGUUAUGUGUUUGCAUGGUAGCUUCGUUGCACAGAAGGAUUUUUGGGCACUUUGAAUUUGGAGCUUCUGUUGUAUUGGUACGUUUGCUCAGUUUUGAAUGCUUUUGUUGGUUGAAUAGAGAAUUUGAGGUUUUGGGUUGUUGGAAAUUUCUGUGCAGAGCUUUAGGUUCUGGAUAUAUUGUUUUGGAGCUGUAGAGACAAAUUCAUUUCGAGAGAUUAGUCAUUUGGUACUCUGCCCUUGUAAUCAGAUUUUACUUGGAAAUAAUAUUACACACUUGAAAGAGUAUUUGUUUUGUAAUUGGGGUUGUUAUGGUUGGUGGAAGAAAUUGGCAUAUUUGAGUAUGAACGGGUAGAAAGUACAGUAGCUGGAUUAGCCGAACUUGGAUGUCGAUGGAGGGUUCGACUAGGCUCGGGCCAAGAGGCCUAAUAAAGAAGCAUGAGUUUGUAAGAAUAAUAAUUCAGUGCCUAUAUUCGAUGGGCUAUGGGAGGGCUGCUUCAUGCUUAGAGUUGGAGUCUGGCACUGCUUGCCAAUCUGAUUAUUUUCAGAUGCUGGAAUCGAAGAUAUUGAGCGGGAAUUGGAACGAUUGUAUUGAUAUCCUUAAUGCCAUUAAGGAUUUGACAGAAGAAACAAGAACUACUGCUUUGUUUCUAGUAUUCAAACAGUCACUUUUGGAGUAUGCAAAGUGUGGGGAUGACAAGAUGGCUUUAGACAUUUUGCAGAAAGAGGUUUCAGCAUUACAGGUGGGCAGAGAUAAGGUUCAUAACCUGGCUCACAGUAUCCUUUUCUCAAAGGAUAUGGAGCAGGGUAAGAUGGACAACAAUGAGGUUUGCGAAUUGCGAAAAAAGCUGUUGCAAGAAUUGGAAAAUUUGCUUCCUCCACCAAUUACACUACCUCCGCGCAGGUUGGAACAUCUGGUUGAAACUGCUGUUUUGACCCAGAUUGAUUCAUGUAUGUAUCAUAAUUUUUCGGAUGCUGUUUCACUUUAUGCAGACCAUUUGUGUGGUAGGGAUCAGAUCCCUACUGAGACUGUACAGAUUUUGACUGAGCAUAAGGACGAAGUUUGGUUUGUACAAUUUUCUCAUAAUGGGGAGUACUUAGCUUCUUCAUCAAGUGAUUGCACGGCCAUCAUAUGGAAGGUGCUGGAAGACGGCAGCGUGAUAUUAAAACAUACCCUAUGGAGCCACCUUAAACCAGUAUCCUUUGUGGCAUGGAGCCCCGAUGACUCAAAGUUGCUUACGUGUGGAAAUGGUGAAGUCCUCAAGCUAUGGGAUGUGGAAACAGGUACAUGCAAGCAUACAUUUGGAGAUCAUGGCUUCAUUGUCAGCUCAUGUGCUUGGUUUCCCGACUCAAGGCGACUUGUGUGUGGCAGUUCUGACCCUGAAAAAGGUAUCUACAUGUGGGAUUGCGAUGGCAACGAGUUAAAAGCAUGGAGAGGUAUGAGGAUGCCCAAGAUUUUAGAUCUUGCUGUAACACCAGAUGGGGAAAAUCUUAUCAGCAUUUUCUCUGAUAAAGAAAUUCGGAUUUUGAAUGUGGGAACAAAUACUGAGCGUGUUAUCUCUGAAGACCAUUCUAUCACAUCCCUCUCAAUUUCUAGAGAUAGUGAGUACUUUAUCGUUAACCUAAAUAGCCAGGAGAUCCAUAUGUGGGAUGUUGCUGGGAAACUGGAGAAGCCACUGAAGUAUAUGGGUCACAGGCAGAGCAAAUACGUAAUACGCUCCUGCUUCGGUGGAGUGAAUAGUACAUUUAUUGCCAGCGGUAGUGAGAACUCACAGGUCUACAUUUGGAAUCGGCGAAACUCUACGCCAAUUGAGGUUUUGUAUGGGCAUUCAAAGACUGUGAACUGUGUGAGUUGGAAUCUUAGGAGACCUCAAAUGCUGGCAUCAGCUAGUGAUGAUCAUACUAUCCAUAUAUGGGGCUAGUGAUGAUCAUACCAUCCAUUUAUGGGGAUCGAGUCUAUCUAAAAAGACUCAACCUGAGAAACUCAGUUGAACUUGUCACAUGUCCAGUUUCACAACCAACCUGUGUGUAUAUAUAGCUUUUGUUCUUUUCAGUUUCCUAUUCAUUAAUGAGUUUGUAAAUCUGUUUUUUUGAAAAUUUUGGUGUAGAGUUCCAGUUUAGAGCCA